AUGAUUUCAACAAUCGACACAACAACACUUCAAGCCGCGAACGGCGGGACUCUGUUCACAACAACAGCACCAAACUUGUUAGUCAUGAAUCCAACAUCUAUGUUAGUUGAGAUGAAAAACUUCAUUCCUUCUUCAUAUAGUUUUGGAACAGAAAUACAAAGAAUAAAGCAAGAACUUUUAACAAGUAAUUUAGACUGUUGUGUGAAAGAUGAACAAAAUGAACAGUAUCUUUACGACAUGCAGGACAUUAUUGACCAUUUACCCAAAUUGCCUGAAAUCCAACAACAAAAGCUCACUAUUCCUGAAUUCGAUGAAAUAGAAGUGAAACCAACUGACUCAGUAGAAAUAAAGAAGUUCAUACGUAAAGUAAAUUAUGAGUUUCUAGGAUAUCAUUGCAACCAUAAGGUUAUGGACAAAGAUUGUGAUAUGGUAUAUAAAAACAUCUCUGACAUAUAUAAAUCGGAGGAGUUUAAGACAUACGACAACUUUGUUUCAUUAGUUGCAGAAUGUGUAUGGCAGAUAAGAGAUAAAGAUAAAAGAUGUAAAGUAUGGAAUGAACAAAUAAAACCAACAGCUUUUGAGUUAAAGAAAACCAUUGACGCCUUAGUUGUUCUAGCAGGUCAAAUUUCAAUGUAUAACGCAAAAAUGAACCCACAAUGUUCUAAAUGUAAAGCAGCAAUGAGGAAAUAUAACUACUCCGUCAAAGAGAUAGAACGUAUGAGAAACGACUAUGCUGACUUAAAGAAAGAAGUAGAGAAACCAGCAGAAGAUAAAAUGGACAUGUUAGCAUUUCUGAACAAAAACUAUCCGACAGUUGACGAUUUCCUAUUAUCUGAUGUCAAGAAGAAAUAUAAAGAAACCUUCGGCAUAGUUAAAAUUUUUGAUAUCCUUCGUGAAGAAAUAGAAGCUACAAAACUGUUUAGAAUCUCACAAAUUCAUAACGUUUACCAUGUAAAACGGUUAUGA